AUGGAAUUCCCUGCUGAAACCCAAAAAGUGCUUGCCGUAUGCAAGCUGCUUAACUCUACCCCUGCAAAGAUUACUCCCAAGCGCUUCUUGCAGAUUUUUCUGGAUUCCAAUAAUUCGGAAAUAGCAUACUUACGCCGCCUUUGGGCAACACCAAGGGGCCUGGGGUCCACCAUGCAGUUACUUAGCCUUCUUCGUGAUGAAAUUCUCCGGUCAGAGGGUGGUCGCGAGGAGUGGUCUGGAUUUAUUCAGAAACAGGCGGUAGACAUCCUUGUGUCACAAGAGGCCCCGAGAGGAUAUCAUCCAAAUGGCUCCUUCCACAGCUCGGUGACUGUCAAGGAAUCAUUCUUCUUGCCUGAAACGCAACAAAGCCUUGAAAAGGUUAUGGUUGAGGAGCAUACACCGUUCUUGUACGGUCUAAUUAAUGGGAUGCUCCAGGCCCGUGGUCUUGCAAGCAACGAUUUAGAAGAUGAUGAUGAAUCGGAUGAUGCCUUGUCAUCGGAUGAAGAUCAUUGCACCCCGGAUGAAUUUGGUGAAGUUACAUUCCAUCAUGCACUCUCUGGCCAGGAGCGGGUCAAGGCUUGUUUUUCUCGGCCUGUGGUGUCUCCGAGCGUGUCCAGGAAUAUCUGA